AUGAAAUCGAAAGAAGAUAAGGCAUUUCUUGUGAAACAGAGGAAGAAGAGCCGUCCAGGUUCCAUGGUUGGAGUGGAUCUCAAGUUGUCUCGAGCGGAAGAAAUCAAGGCGCAAAAGGAACUUGCUAAAAUGAACCGACAAAUCCAAGAAGAAACUUUUGAUAUUGUGUUUUUUUCUCUUUCUUUUGUUGCUUCUUAUUUAGAGACGGAUGUUGAAGACAAGUUCGAAGAAGGAGAAGAAGAAGAAGAAGGUACUGAAGAGGACAGCAUCUACCAGAAACUUGAGAGCUUGGAGAAACUUGAGAGCUUGGAGGAAAUAGAAGCUGUAGAAGAUCCAGGACCAUAUCGAUGGAAGGUAUCCGACAGAAAAGCCAUGCGAAUUUUAAUAGCUACUCUAGAAUUACUAAACCUUGACCCUCUUGAGAACAAAGUCUCGAAAACUUUAUUACAUUAUAGAAGGCAAAUGUUCAGAGAACAAUAUACUAAAAAAAAAUUUUUGAUAAAGUAAACAUUCCUGAAAAAGAGCCCGUGGUUGUCCAUUGGGACGGUCAACUUUUAACGGGUAUUUAAAAAAAUUUACAAUGUGAGCGAAUAGCUAUUGGGCGUUCCUGCAACAGCAAACAGCUAUGGAAAGGAGCAAGCCGAAGCCGUAUAUGAAUGCCUUCAUGAAUGGGGUCUUCUCAACACCGUCAAGGCGAAGUGCUUUGACACUACAGCAUCCAACACGGGAAGACUCAAAGGAGCAUAUGUCAUAUUGGAGCAAAUGUUAGGAAGAGGAUUGUUAUACCUAGCUUUCCGUCACCAUAUCUUCGAAACUCUGUUAAGAUGCGUAUUCAACACAAAAAUGGGAUCAACCACUGUACCUCAUCCAGAUUUAAGAGAUUCCUCACUGCGUGGCCCAAGAUAGACAAAGGAAAGUGCGACACAGGUAUCAGUGAAA